CCUCCCAUCCGCCACUAUCUCGCGAAAUCUGAACCACUGCCCCGUCUCGAGAAUGGAGUCGACGUGUCCUUCCCACUCUCCCGCCUCGCCUCGUCCCCCUCACAACGCACACACUGGGAAGGGGUCCGCAAUCCAGCAGCAGGCAAGACGUUGCGUAGCAUGACCGUAGGGGAUCGAGUCCUCUUUUAUCACUCCAACUGCAAGCUACCAGGUGUAGCUGGGGAAGUGGAAGUCUGCACUGACCCCGUGCCGGACGAGUGCGCUUUUGAUCCUACGCACCCUUACUACGAUCAGAGGUCGAAGAGGGAGGAACCAAAGUGGUUCAUGCCGGAGGUCAAGUACGUCAAGACAUUUGACCACUUCGUGCCACUUGCUCUCCUUCAGCACAUCGCAGCACAGGGGUGUGGGGAUAGGCUGGACUAUCUGACGACGCAGCAGCUCGAGGCUGUCGGGGAGAUGGAUCUGCUCAAGCGGGGGAGGUUGAGCGUGCAGAAUGUCAGCCCGACCGCUUAUGAUGCUGUGGUGAAGAUGGGGGACAAAGGAGGAUGGGAGGGAUGGAAGGGCAAGUGGAAU